AUGAACAAUCAAGAAAGUAUUGCUGAAGGCGAGCGUCUCAUUAUUCCUAAAAGAAGAGAACAGCAAAAGAAGGCCGAUGGAAAUUCCGUUUUGAGAGUCGAUGAAAAAAAACUUAAGAAGCAAAUAAAGAAACAAAUCAGUUAUGAGGCGGUAAAAGCCAAGACGAGAGCUGCGUGGGCUUUGUUGGAGAGUAAGGACCUUCUUGAAAACCUUAAGGUUUUAUGGGAUACGUAUUAUGGUGUAUGGAGACCAGAUAUGGCCUAUGUACAAUAUGUUGAACAUGUCUCUCACAUUUACCAAUAUCACAUCACCAAAUUAUGUUUGGAAGAUUCAUAUGGAUUGAGGGUAACUAUUUCUUUGAGUAUUCUGGAAAUGAUGUUCAAACGUUUUCCCGGAGUGCUCGAGCAAAAUUUUGACAGGGAAAUUGUCCUGGAAGCUCUGACGCCCUUGAAGUUUAAUCAAGGCAAUGAUAAAGAGCAGGAUAGUGUUCGUAUGAAUUUUGACUUUGCCAAAGCAGAUUGUGCAGAGAUAAAAAAAUUGCUGGAAGAUCGUCGAAACUGUAUGGAUAUUAACCUAGCCAGACUUGAUAUCAAGCACAAACUAUGUUUUAUGAUACAAGUUCACUUUGGGGCUUAUGAUUUUGAUUUUAAUAUCGUAAAAGUUCGAUCCGGUCUUUUCUGUUCUUUGUUUGCUCCCGCCUCAUUUGAUUUUCAAUAA